UUGGAAGUCUUCAACAGUGGAUGUGUCACUGGAGCGAACAGUCAGUCAGUUUAUUGCAAACAAGAAAGAAGUGGUCAGACAUAACAAACAUGUUUCAGCGGACCUGUCGACUGGAAAUCAGUGUACCCACACAAAUUGUGCAUGUCGUUGGUACAGAUCUUAAGGUGAUUGUGGACCGGUGUGCCCCACCGGAGUCCAAAUUCUUCUCGAUAAAAUGCAGCCCAAACGUGUAUUACAAGAUCACUCCCCAAGCCAAGGACAAGAACACCGUUCCGUACCCCCUCACCCCAAACUCUGUCCUCAUCAUAACCAUGGACGCAAUCAGCAAGACUGCCAACGACAGCAAGCUAUCUGUGAGGUUCUAUGGAGAGAAAACUGAGGCUCUUGGGGAUGCCCUGCUGCAUCUAACAGCUGUUGAGAUAUCUCUGGACGUAGAUGCUGACCGAGAUGGCGUUGUCGAGAAGAACAAUCCAAACAAGGGAUCGUGGAAGUGGGGUCCAAAUGGCCACGGUGCAAUUCUGCUGGUCAACUGUGACUCAGAGACUUCUUACAAGAAGACACUGGACAGUGACAAUGAUGAGAUCCGCAAAGUCUCGGAUUUGCAGGACAUGUCCAAAAUGAUCCUGCGCACCAACGGUCCAGCUGAACUUCCUGAAGGCUAUAGACUGACCAUGCACAUCUCACAGAGCACUUCAGAGAACGUGAGAGUCUUUAGACCUCGCACAAAAGGAAAGAAAGUCGAUGGUUGGAAGCAUAAACUCCUGAAGUUGUUCUUGAAAGAUUAUAUCAUGGUGGUGGGAACGGACAUGCUGACACAGGAAGUGCCCAAUCUAGGAGGCAAAACUGAACAGGAAUUCUUUGUUGAGGGUCUUCGCUUCCCUGAUAAAGACUUUGAUGGGCUCAUCACCAUCAACCUCAGUCUACUAGAGCCCUGUGGCAAGGAUUUCCCUGAAACUCCAGUCUUUACAGAUAAAGUGGUAUUUCAUAUUUCUCCCUGGAUCAUGACCCCAAAUACGCUCAAACCUGUGGAGGUGUACGUGUGCAGCACAGAUGAUAACUACUCAUUCCUGAAGAGCAUAAGGAACCUGGUGGAAAAAUGUGGCUACAAACUGAAAAUAUGCCAUAAGUACAUGAACCGAGGUGACCGCUGGAUGCAGGAUGAGCUUGAGUUUGGUUACAUUGACUCUCCCCAUCAUCACUUCCCUGUUGUACUGGACUCUCCUCGUGAUGGAGCUCUUCAGGAUUUCCCCUACGACUCCAUUCUGGGGCCAGACUUUGGGUACGUGACACGGUAUGCUUUAAAUGAGGAGGUGAGCAGUCUGGACUCCUUUGGUAACCUGGAAGUAAGUCCACCAGUCACAGUGAACGGGAAAAGUUACCCACUUGGCAGAAUCAUCAUUGGGGUGGCGUUCCCUACUGCAACACAUGGCCGCAACAUGACCAAAGUCGUCCAGGACUUCCUGUGGGCACAGAAGGUUCAAGAGCCAAUAGCACUGUACUCUGAUUGGCUGUUUGUGGGUCAUGUGGAUGAGUUUAUGACCUUUGUUCCAGCCCCUGACCGAAAGAAAUUCAGGUUGCUGCUUGCUAGCCCUGACGCUGGAUACAAAGUUUUCAAAAGCUUACAAAUCAAUGGGAAUGGAAAAGCAGAAAUGUUUCCGGGUUUGCCAGAGGCCAUCUCUGUAAAUGAGAUCCUGAGUGACAAAAAGCUACAGGCUGAAAACCGAUAUGUGCAGAACUGUAUUGACUGGAACAGGGACGUGCUGAAGAAAGAGCUGGGGUUGGACGAUGAGGACAUCAUUGAUUUGCCCAUCCUGUUUAAAGUGUUAGAAGAGGAAACGAGGGCUGUGGCUUAUUAUCCCGACAUGGUGAACAUGAUCGUGUUGGGGGAUCAGCUGGGCAUCCCAAAACCGUUUGGGCCGAAGGUGAAUGGCAGGUGUGCUCUGGAGACAGAGGUGUGUUCUCUUCUGGAGCCUCUGGGCCUCAAAUGUACCUUCAUUGAUGACUUUGCCCCAUACCACAAACUGCUGGGCGAAGUUCACUGCGGUUCCAAUGUUCUUCGAGAGCAGUCACCUUUCAAAUGGUGGAACCUAGAGCUGUGAGAGAAAGAGACUAGACCAAGUCUCUUUAAGUGAUGCCCUAUUAAGUCUUUACAGUAGUUAAUUCUGGCAAUAAACAAUACAUAGAGUAAAAUACUAACUGGAUAAUUAAUCUAAAAAUGGAAACAUUCUCAUGAUUUACUCACCCUCUUGCUGUCAAGCUCCGAAACCGAAUGAGAAAUCAUUCAUAUCACUGUGUACUGUUCGGUAUUCAUACAACAGCUCUCUAUGAGGAGCAGACAGAAGUGCUUGUUCACUGAUGAAUGCCUUUUGUUGCACCCACACGUUGAGAUUUGAGAGCUGCUGAUUUUCAGUAAAUGCAACUUGAACGAGAGCAGAUCAUGCACUUAUGAAACAACAUGAGUGUGAGCAGACAACAGUUUUUAGUACUUUGUAAAAUUCUUAUAACUUUCCUCUGAUAACCAGGGCUUGUUUUAGCAGUAUAAUUCCUCCUCUGGCUGUAGUGGUGUUGCUUCAGGAUUUCUAAAAAAAAAAGAAUUAAGGGCUUACACAAUUAUACAUAAUACUUUGAAAAGUGGUUCAAAAUAAUGUUAAACUGUUGUUUUAUUGUCUUUUUCUAACAAAAAGUUUACAAAGUCUUUCUUAACUGUGAACCAUGAAUGUUAAUUCUGUGUUGCCUUACUUCUAAUGACUGAGAAUUUGAUUUAAGAACUGGGAAUCUGUGAUUUACUGUCUUGGGUGUACAUUUUUCCAUAAUGUCCAUUUCAGCAAUAAAUAAACAUUUAAUUACCC